ACUCUUUCCAUACAACCAACGGAAAUCAAGAAAUAAAACUGAAAGCUAAAGUGUUUCCACCAUUUGUCUGUGAAACAUGUUAGAACAAUGGACUUUAAGGACAUUGUUGCAGUUUUAUUCCUUUGCAGCCUCAUUAUUUUUACCUUUAAAGACUGCAGUGCAUGUGACUACAACGCUGAAGAAGGUGAUUCUCUCACCAUUCCACUGCAGUUUCAAUCAUUUGACAAGAAUCAUUACUUAAGGUGGGUCCAUAACUCUAUGAUUCUGUAUAAGAGGACAAAGGAAAAAACAUACGGACGUGGAAAUGUGACAAAGGACGGAUCUCUGCUGCUUUAUAAUGUAAGCUCAGAAAGUAAAGGUGAAUACAGAGCUGAGGUAUAUGAAAUGGAUGGACGUCAAAUAAUGUCACAGUCAGUGAUCCUCUGUGUUUACGCAAAGGUUCCAAAGCCAACAGUCAAUGUCACUUGUCAUAACAAGGUGGCUACCUUCAGCUGUGAUGUUGAAGACAACACAGGCCUGUCCUUCAGCUGGUACCUGAAUGAAAAUGAUAUGGAUCAAAAUGAACAAACCUUCUCUUUAAAAGUGGAGGACGUUGAGAACUACAUUCAGUGUGCUGUGAACAAUCAAGUUGACAGUAAAAUAAGUGAUGUUGUCUUAGUACACUGUCCAGAUCCUGCUGAAUGGAUCGGGUUAGCCAUCCUAGUGUUGGUAGGAGCUCUUUCAGUGAUGAUGAUGAUUAUACUGGUGAUUUGUGUCUGCCAGUGCUGUAAACUAAAGAAACACUUGCAAUAUGAAGAGAACUUCAGCCUUCACAGACUACAAACUGGCUACUGGAGUGAAGCUUCUGAUUCUGAUUCAUUUUCAGAAUCAGUCCUGUGAUGUUAAGUAAAGAUGUAAAUAUUAUAUUAUUACCUUAUGUAAUAAUACCAUGUCCCAUAUGUAUUGUAUAUAUGUAAGCACCUGUAUGUAAAAAAAUUAUGUUUCGCAUGUGCGAAACUUUAACACUAAAUGUGAAAAAGAGUUAUUUAAAAGCAGAUGCACAACAAGAAUGCCCAUCAGAAUCUAAGACAGUUUGGAUAUAUCAUCUUCUGUUGAUGUACAUCAUCUUCUGUCUCACUAUUUUGUCAUGAGUAACCAUGUAAUCUGGUUCACUACUGUAGCAAUACUGCUCUCUAGUGGUGAAGAGACAACAUCACAAUGCAGGCUAACUUUGCUUAUCCAUAAACAAAUAAAGAAAUGUUAUUUUCUAGUUAGUGAUCAAAAACCACAGUUAGCAAAAAUGGAUGUACCACUUCCAGAGAGAGCCAUCAAUACCCAAAUGCUGAUAGUAUUGAUGUAACCCAUUAGGUGGGAAAGAAGAGGACUCACAGAGUCAAGUUGAGUUUCUUGAGAAGUAAGGCCAGUGCAUUGUAUAUGGAUGUAUACGCAAUUAAUGGUUUGUACUAACCAUAAAACAUUACAUAAUUUCAUUUUGUGAGUGCACCUUUCUGUUUCUCAUUGAUCCAAACUGGGUAACCUGCCAUAUUCCAUAUUCCAAUAUUUCUAAAAAAAUAUAUUGGGAGAAUUUGGUUGGUAUACA